AUCGAUUCACUGCCAUCUCUAGUGCCUGCACGUGUGAACGGAACGAAAACAUUGAUAAAUGCGUGGUUAAACUGCCAAAAUAAAGCGACAAUGGGCAAAUUAAACGUGACAGUUCUGCGAUACCUCACCAAGGAGGACUUCCGCGUUCUUACCGCCAUCGAGAUGGGCAUGAAGAACCACGAACUGGUCCCCGGACCCUUGGCCGCUGCCAUUGCGAAUCUGAAGACUGGUGGAGUCCACAAGCUGCUCAAGGAGCUGUGCAAGCACAAGCUGCGCUACGAGCGGGGAAAGAAGUAUGAUGGUUACCGCUUGACCAACACGGGCUACGAUUACCUGGCUCUGAAAUCCCUCACCUUGAGGGGAUCGGUCAGUUCCUUCGGCAACCAAAUUGGCAUUGGCAAGGAGUCCAACAUCUACGUGGUGGCUGACGAGGAGGGCACUGCCAUUUGCCUGAAACUCCACCGAUUGGGUCGCACUUGCUUCAGAAACGUGAAGGCCAAGAGAGACUACCACGGUCGUCGGCAUAAGGCCUCCUGGUUGUACCUAUCCCGCAUCUCGGCCACCCGCGAGUUUGCUUACAUGUCGGCGCUUUAUGAUCGCGGAUUCCCGGUGCCCAAACCCAUCGAUUUUAAUCGCCACUGCGUGCUUAUGGACCUCGUCAAGGGUUGGCCCAUGACCCAAGUUCACGAGCUGCUGGACGCUCCACAGGUGUACGAUGAUCUUAUGAACCUUAUUGUCCGUCUGGGGAAUUCUGGAGUUAUUCAUGGCGAUUUUAAUGAGUUUAAUUUAAUGGUCACCGACGAUGGCAAGCCCAUACUAAUUGAUUUUCCGCAGAUGAUGUCGACUUCACAUGAAAAUGCAGAAUUCUUCUUCGAUCGCGAUGUUAAUUGUGUGCGUGAAAUGUUCCGUCGCAAAUUUGGUUACGAAAGCGAAGACUACCAGUUCAGCGAUCUGGUGCGUGAGGAUGAUCUGGAUGCUGAGGUUCAUUGCACGGGCUAUGGCUUUACGAAAGAGAUGGAGCAGGAUCUUCUCGAGGAGUACGGUAUGGUGGAGCACGCAAAUGAGGAUGACGAGGGAGAGGAUGUUGAAGAAGAAGAUGAGCCCCCCACUUUAGUUACUGCGGCAGCUGUAGAGAUCGACGAGUGCCGACGUCAGGUGGAGAACGAGGUGACUUACAGCGAGACCAAGCCAACUCAGAAGUCAGAUGACGCAGUGCGUCGGUACAUCGAAUCCUGUACGCAAUAUCUGGGCAAUCUAAGCGUUGGUCCAGAAAUUCCCGAUCAAACGCUUCCCAAGAAAAUUGAAGUUUCUCCGCCGGUUGAGGCUCCAAAAGUUAUUCCAGUCGAAGUGGAAACUCAUCCUACCCUGACCGCAGCGGAAGAUGCCAGGUCCAUUAGUUCCAACGAUUUGGAUACAGAUGAAGUGCCUGAGCUAGCUGGCCUAGAUCCUAACUCUCGCAUGUAUCGUCUUAAAAUGGUCGAGCAAAUGCUCAAUGAUGCGAGAAGUCAGCGGUCGUACUCGACCACAACAAGUACAAUAGCUCCUUCCGUGAUCACCGACCGGAUACGCAAGAACAUGGAUAUCAAGGAGAAGCGGGAGCAGCGAAAGAAGUGUGUGGCCAAAGGUGAAGCCAGUGCCGUCCAUCGUCAUCGCAAGGAGAACAAGGAUGUGGUAAAAGAAUACGCCGGUUGGGACUUUUAGAUCAAGUUCGACCUAAUAAUCUAUUAGAUAAUAGAUCAUUCUUUCGUACUUGUUAUAGUGAUAUAUAUAAUUAAAAUGAAAACCCAUUAACAAGAACUCAA